AAAUAUUUUUUUGUUUGUAUCUUAAAAGUUUCGAAAGUUCGGAACCGAUUUGAAAAAUUGUUUCACUGUUGGAAAGCUAGACUGUCCCCGGUGAACAUAGGCUAUAUUUUAUCCGGGGAAACCACGGAUAAAUUGUAUAUAGAUAUCUUUUAAAUAGCUGCUCUAUCUUUUAAAACAAACUCCUCGUCAGCUUUAUUGUAUUAGUGCCUACUACAUUUUUUUAAUGUUUAUUUUUCAGUGAAUUUAAGCCAUAAAAUGAGUAACAAGAGAACGAGUAAAGCUUCUAAGAUAGCUGCCUGGAUAUUGUGGGUAGUCAACUUUAUUGUUAUGGUCACCUGCAUACUAAUAAUGACAUUGGGUCUAUGGAUAAUCUCGUCUCCUGGGUCCUUAUCAACUGUUAUAGACUUCACCGGCAAUGCCACUAUGAAGGCUCUGUUACAAGAUAUGCUGUCCUUACAAGUUGGUAUAGCAGUGACAGCGAUCGCCAUAUUUGUGUUCUGCAUCAGUUUUAUGGGGUUCUACGGCGCUAUUACCACAUCACCAUUCUUACUGUUUAUGGCUCUAGGCUAUACGCCUACGUUACACCGCGCCAGGCAGGCAGACGAUCAGAGUAACUUUUACAUUUAG